AGGUUACGUGACGUAGAAACCAGAAAAACAGCGAAGAAGGUAGGUCGUGCUAACUUUCUCUCCAGAUAAACUUGAGAUUUGUUCGAUAUACUCAGUGACUUGACACUGUUGUCCUGAUUCUGCUGGUGGUAAAGGAAAGACUACAGACAUGGCGAGCCUAACACGAGAACUGUCUAUCGAUUCCAUCGUGAGCAGCAUGUUGGAUAUGGACCCAGCUGCGACGCCUUUUGACUGUGAACCCUUCACUUCUGACAUCUUUGACAAGAUAUUCGACAGUAAGAUGGAAAAACCUCAGGUAUCGGUGGAGAGUGUUGCUCCAGUGGACCCAACAGCAUGUGUAGUGUGUGGAGACAAGGCUUCAGGGUUUCACUAUGGAGCACUCAGCUGUGAGGGCUGCAAAGGUUUUUUCAGGAGAAGUAUCCAGCGCAAUGCCAACUACAAGUGCAAGUAUGGCGGGAAGUGUGAGAUAGACACCUACAUGCGCAGGAAGUGCCAGGAGUGUCGCCUCAGGAAGUGUAAGGAAGCUGGCAUGAAAUCUGAAUGUCUCCUUACCAAUGUCCAGAUUCAGUCAAAAUUUCUCUGGAGAAGGAAAAAACAAGGUGAUGACGAGCCAGCUCCUCCUACAACCCAGCACAAGAUGUCACCCACCAAUCAGGACUCACCAUCUGCUUAUCUGACCAAUCAGGACUCACCAUCAACUUAUCUGACCAAUCAGGACUCACCAUCUACCUUUCUGACCAAUCAGGACUCGCCACCUACCUUUUUGACCAAUCAGGGUUCACCUUCUUCGGGGUUCUUUUCGAGUGAUCAGAGCUCACCAGCUGCCUUUCCAACCGAUCCAAGCUCACCAGCUGCCUUCCCAACCAAUGAGAGCAUGUUGCAAAUUCCCUCGUCCAAUCAGGGAUUCCCUUCAGUUGUCAGUCAUAUUGAACAGCCAACCAGCUCAGCACCUUCAGUAACACUGACCACUGAGCAACACAGGUUACUGACAGCUUGCAGAGAGGCUAAGGAAAAGUUUAUGCCAGGGUUGAUGCACUGUCAUGAGGGUAUGUAUGAGAGAAUGAUGGAACUGCCCACUGUAGAGGAGAGGAGGGCUCUGUUCCAGGAGAAAGUGACGCUGAUGGUUGAGAGACUCGUCCAGUUUGCCAAGUGCCUCGAAGGCUUCAUGACCUUCAGCGAGGAAGAUCAAAUAGCAAUUCUCAAGGCUGGAACAUUUGAAGCCAUUCUUAGUCUGUCCUGCUGGCACAAAGCGUUCGAGAGGCCAGAGAUUCAUGGAGGUCGUGGGGCAAUGUAUCUUCAUAGUGGUGGUAAACCUGAGUUGAUAGAAUCCUUCAAGGAGUUCUACUUCAAGAUGCAAGAGCUGAACUUGGAUGACAACACCUAUGCACUCCUUGUUGCUGUGGUCCUUUUGUCACCAGACCGACCGUUGAUCAAGAACUACCAUGUCAUCGAGAAAGCCCAGGAGCCUUACAUCAACACCUUACAGACCUACUGCAGCCUCAACUACUCCAAACCCAACAUCUUUGCAAAGAUCACAGCCAGGCUGACGGAACUGCGAUCACUGGGAGAGAUGCAUGAGGCCUAUAUGAAAACAAGAAACUUCAAGCUGACACCCCUAUUGGCUGAGCUAUGGGACAUUCAGUAACACUGGUGUACAAAUCCUAUAUGAAAACAAAAAAAACCUCGAGUUGACAGCCCAAUUGGCUGAGCUAUAGGACAUUCGGUAACACUGACGCACAAAACCUACAAACUUCAAGUUGACACCCCUAUUGGCUGAGCUAUGGGACAUUCAGUAACACUGGUGUACAAAUCCUAUAUGAAAACAAAAAAAUACUUCGAGUUGACAGCCCAAUUGGCUGAGCUAUGGGACAUUCGGUAACACUGACGCACAAAACCUACAAACUUCAAGUUGACACCCCUAUUGGCUGAGCUAUAGGACAUUCAGUAACACUGAUGUAAAAACUUUGAAGCCUAUAUGAAAACAAGAAACUUCAAACUGACACCCCUAUUGGCUAAGCUAUGGGACAUUGGUAACACUGAUGUAAAAAACGUACAAACUUCAAGCGUACACCACUAUUGGCUGAGCUAUGGGACAUUCAGUAACACUGAUAUAAAAAGCCCAUAUAAAGACAAGAAACUUGAAAGUUGACUCCCCUAUUGGUUGAACUAUGGGACAUUCAGUAACACUGGUGUACAAAUCCUAUAUGGAAACAAGAAACUUCAAGCUGACACCCCUAUUGGCUGAGCUAUGGGACAUUCAGUAACACCGAUGUAAAAAAACCUAGUAGACAAACUUCAAGCUGACACCACUGUCGGCUGACCUAUGGGACAUUCAGUAACACUGAUGUAAAGCCUAUAUGAAGACAAGAAACUUCAAGUUGACUUCCCUAUUGGUUGAACUAUGGGACAUUUGGUAACACUGAUGUAAAAAACCUACAAACUUCAAACUGACACCACUAUUGGCUAAGCUAUGGGACAUUCAGUAACACAGAUGUAAAAAGCCUAUAUGAAGACAAGAAACUUCAAGUUGACUCCCCUAUUGGUUGAACUAUGGGAUCUUCUGUAACACUGAUUGGCCAAUGGCAUCACUGGGAAAAACACUCAAGCCAACCCAAUAUUUUUCUAUAUGCCUGUUGCCACAUGUAUACUGCAGUCAACUAUGAUAAUUUGAAAAACAGAAAUUCAUGUACAAUGUAUGUCAAAAUAGCAAAAUGGUGCCAUUUUAUGUUUUAAUCUUUGGAUAGGAACUAUGCAACUGUCAAUUGUUGAACCAAGCUGUAACAAAUGUGUCACAGAAUUAGAUCCAUUCAUGUACAAAAUGCAUUUAAUAGAAAAUUGCAUAAUUCAUUUCAAUGUGUAUGACCCAAAUCUUGUUAUGAAAGGUCACCAGACUCAUACCAGGAAAAGGGUACAUGAAUAUUUGUAGCAUCACCUAGAAUUGGCUGUCAUUUGCUAAUGUCUAUGCAACAUAUCAAAAGUACAUUUAGUUACAAUGUCAAGCAAGAUUGUCAGCUGCAAGUGUUUUUAAUUGUGUAUACUUGUGAUAAGAUUUAGUAUACAAAAACUAGGAAAGUAGGUAUGGUGAUUUUACAGUCUGGCUGGCUAAGAGGGCUUUACAGAAAAGCUAUGAAGCUUUGUGUAGUUUGUAUUGAUUAUAUAUAAAUCCGGAGGACAUGGUUUGAGGGGUGCGUUCUUCAUUUCAGAUUGUUUUUGCCAAUGUUUUAUUCAAAACUUUACUGGUAAUAGUGGUAUAUGAUGAACAGUGAUAUGUAGCAGCAAUGUAGACAACUGUACAACUUUAACAACCAUAGGUACGUCUAAGUAUUUGAAGUUAUAUCUUAGGUAUGCUACUUUGUUUUAUGUUUUGAACACUUUGAAUGAAGUUGUCGCUCAGGCUCUUUUCAAUAAAGUCAUGAGAAACAGA